AUGUGGCUUUUUCUGGACAGAAUCGACUCGGUCAGACAGAGCGACUACACGCCCACGGACCAGGACCUUCUACGCUGCCGAGUGUUAACUUCAGGGAUUUUCGAGACGCGGUUCCAAGUCGAUAAAGUCAACUUUCACAUGUUUGACGUUGGAGGCCAGAGAGACGAGAGGAGAAAAUGGAUCCAAUGCUUUAACGAUGUCACUGCGAUCAUCUUCGUGGUGGCCAGCAGCAGCUACAACAUGGUAAUAAGGGAAGACAACAACACCAACAGACUACGGGAGGCGCUCGACCUCUUCCGCAGCAUCUGGAACAACAGAUGGUUACGCACUAUAUCGGUCAUAUUGUUCCUGAACAAGCAGGACAUGUUGGCCGAGAAAGUAUUAGCUGGAAAAUCCAAAAUCGAAGACUACUUCCCUGAAUACGCUCGAUACACCAUACCAAAUGAAGCAACCCCUGAACCCGGAGAGGACCCCAGAGUCACGAGAGCCAAGUUUUUCAUCCGGGACGAGUUUCUUCGGAUCAGCACUGCGAGCGGAGACGGGCGCCACUACUGCUACCCUCACUUCACGUGCGCCGUGGACACAGAGAACAUCCGGCGCGUGUUCAACGACUGCAGAGACAUCAUCCAGAGAAUGCACCUGCGUCAGUACGAACUGUUGUGA